AUGCAUCGACCACGCCCCAAGGAGAACCAAGGCCCGCCCUGUUGCCAUGGCGACAGCGCACGGGGGUGGUCGCAGGCGCCGCAGGCCGUGAGCUCUCAGCGCAGGCGCAGUAGGCUACGCCGGAGGGGGGGGGUGUUGAGUCGCAUUGCGUGCGCGUGCGCGCUGCGCACACGCGGACGGCUCUGUGCGUCGCAAUGGCUGCCCGCGAGUAUCGGAGAGGCGGAGCCCUCAGUCUUUUUCAGGACGCGGUCUCCUGAUGCCGCUGGUGGUUCGUCCAGGCCCCCUUCCACGCAUCCGCCGCCGCUGCCUCAUCAGGACUUCAUUUCGGUGACGCAGAGCUUUGGUGAGAGCUACGGCAACAGCAAGAACUGCCGGCGGCUCUUGUGCUGCAGGCAGGACUCCACGUGGCUGGUCUGGCACCCACCACUACGGCCCCCUCACCCACGCCCUGGACUGGACUCUGGGGAAAGGGGCAGCAGAACGGUCCCCGCUUUCCUGGCCCUGACUUUGAGUGGGACACCUGCCAGGAGCAAGUGCUGGGGAGGCUUGGCGGGCGCAGCAGAGACUCGCCCUAGCGCAGCUCCGGAGGGGCCCGCGGUAGGACAACGAGCCAGUGGCAGGGGAGGCCGUGGAGAUGGCCCAGGGGUCCUCCGCUUCCCCGCGCCGUGCCCGGGAAGGACCCCUGGGCAGCGGCCACGGGGCGCGGGGCGUUGGGGGGCACAGCCCCGGCGCGGCGCUGAAGCGGCGACGGUCUCCAUGGGGUCCGCGGGCGCCAGGAACACGUGGGGCCUGGAGGGAGGAGCGCGCCCUGGCGGCCCCGUGACCCCGCCCACGUGA